GUUUGUUGUAUAAUCUCAGAUCACUCGCUGUAUCCUAAAGUUGCUUCCUUUCUUUUCUCUUGCAUUUAGAGAGAGAGAGAGAGAGAGAGAGAGAGAUUUAUAAGGAGCUUGAGUUUUGUAUUAAGAUGGAUUUUGUUUAAUCAAAGAAGUAAUGACGUGCUAAUAAUAUUUUUUUACAUAGCUCGAAGACUGGUUUCCCAAUGAUUGGGUAUCUCCCUGCACUUAAGCGGGAAAGAUAUAUAUAAAAGAAGAAAGAAGAAGACCCAUCUCUUAGAGAUUGAAGAGAGUUGUAACGAAAAAAAAUGAAGUCUUUUUGCAGAGAUGAUCGCAAUAACAACACUGUGUCCAGCUUGUUGGCUUUCUCUCUCUCUUCCAACGUCUCGGAGAUGGGAGAAAAUGGCGGUGGAGUCGUCCAUCACCACCACAACCAGACACUGUCUUCUAACCCCUUUGUCUCUGCUCCUGCUUCUGCUUCUCAUUUGUCGUCUGGUUCUGUUGUUCCUCAGCUCGGUGAUUGUGGUAACAAUGGAAGUUAUGGCGUCUGCUAUGGAACCGGGGAAAUCUAUUCUCAUUUGCCCGUGAUGCCACUCAGGUCUGAUGGCUCUCUUUGUUUGAUGGAAGCUCUCAACAGGUCGUCUCAUCAACCCAAUCAAGAUUCAACGCCAAAAAUGGAGGAUUUCUUCGGGGGAGCACUGACAAUGGGGACCCAUCACCAUAACUCCCACAAAGAAGCCAUGGCUCUUAGCUUAGACAGUAUAUUCUACAACGCCCAUGAGUCCAACGCUCAAGAUUCUCUAAAGAUUUUCCAGGAAAAUCCAUCCUCUCAAGAUGGUCAACACUAUCCCUUCAACGGCAACUUCCACGAAAUAAGAAACCAUGAAGAGACCCACGAUUCUUCUUCGCAGUCCACUGCCCUGCAACUCCAAGCUGAGAUGAAGACCCUGGUCUCAAGAAAUUACGAGAACGACCCUGGGAUGACACAGGCAGGGUCCGUCGGGAUGGAGGCAUAUGGGGAAUUGCAACAGUCGUUGAGCUUGUCCAUGAGCCCUGGUUCCCAGUCGAGCUGCGUCACUGGCUCGCACCAGCAAUUCUCAUCCGCUGUUUUGGAGGGCGUUGGGUUCGAGCCAAAGAAGAGAGGACAAGAAGUCGUCGUAGAACAAAGACACAUUGUCCAUAGAAAAUCCAUUGACACGUUCGGACAGAGAACUUCUCAGUACAGGGGCGUCACACGACAUAGAUGGACCGGUAGAUACGAAGCUCAUCUCUGGGACAACAGUUACAAGAAAGAAGGUCAGAGCAGGAAGGGAAGACAAGUUUAUCUGGGGGGUUAUGAUAUGGAGGAGAAAGCUGCACGAGCAUACGACCUUGCUGCACUCAAGUAUUGGGGUCCCUCUACUCACACCAAUUUCCCCGCGGAGAAUUAUCGGAAGGAGAUUGAAGAAAUGGGGAACAUGACCAGGCAAGAGUAUGUUGCCCAUUUGAGGAGGAAGAGUAGCGGAUUCUCGAGAGGUGCUUCGAUCUAUAGGGGAGUCACAAGGCAUCACCAACAUGGAAGGUGGCAAGCUCGGAUCGGCAGAGUCGCCGGCAACAAAGACCUCUACCUUGGAACGUUCGGGACUCAAGAGGAAGCCGCAGAAGCCUACGACGUGGCCGCCAUCAAGUUCAGAGGGACAAACGCUGUCACAAACUUCGACAUAACGAGGUACGAUGUCGAAAGGAUCAUGUCAAGCAACACUCUUUUGUCUGGAGAGCUUGCAAGAAAGAACAUCGUUAGCAAAGAAUCGUCGUUAGAAAGCGACGUGGGUCAUAACGUCGUUCUCGACUGCUCGAGGGAAGGAAACUCGGAUCGGGUCGUGAGUUUUCCUACGAUUUUCGCCAUCCCUCAGGUCAGACCGAAGAUGAUGGGUGCAAAUGCCUCCGGAAAUAUGAGCACUUGGACGAACCCUAAUGACGAGCUCAAGACUGGUGCUCUUGCCUUGCCUCAGAUGCCGGUUUUCGCCGCCUGGGCAGACUUGUAACUUGGUUAUCUGGUUUUUAGUAUACCAAAGGGUCCAUGCACGAAAAGAAUGGUGAUAUGGGGAAUUGGGAUUAUUCGGUUUAGUUUUCCUUAGGAACGGUACAUCGGGAUUUUGUAAUAUUGGAUCUCUUUAACAAAUGAAUCAUAUCGACAUCCGUCCGUUCCCUUA